AUGGAGAAUUGGGUUUUAGUAAAGAUUUUAGGCCAAGGCUCUGAUGGUUUAGUUUGCUUAGCAAAACAAACCACUAGAAAAAAAAUCUAUAAUAAUCUUCACUAUUAUUUUGCUGUCAAACUAUCUCCUCUUGGACAUAAUUCUUCGUUGUGGGAAGAAUUAGUAUUGAAACAAUUCAAGAACUGCCCAGAAAUAGUUCAAUAUUUAGGGAGUGAGAUAACCAGAUCACCAGGAGGAAGAGAUCUCCCUGGUGAUAAGGAUUUCUACACUUUGAAGUUGGAGUAUGCUGCAGGAGGGACUUUGGAUGACUUGAUCAAACAGAAAGAGAAGUUACCUGAAGAUGAAGUGAAAGAAUAUCUUCGAAUGAUACUUAAAGGUCUCUCCUGUAUUCAUUCCAAGGGGUUUGUUCAUGUCGAUCUUAAGCCUAAGAACAUUCUUGCAUUCCCUCGAAGUAAUGGGAAGAUGAAGCUAAAGAUUGCUGACUUCGGACAUGCUGAGAGAUGCAAGUAUAGGAAUGAUGCUGAUGCUCAUUCUGAUGAUGAGUAUAGAAAGUCUAGGCGUCGCAGUUCAUUAUUGAAGUUUAAAGGAACACCCAGAUAUAUGUCGCCGGAAUCCAUCGUUUUCGAUGAAGUUAACGACGCACACGAUGUUUGGUCGCUAGGUUGCGUUUUGGUUAGAAUGAUUUCUGGAAAAUCUGCGUGGGAUGAGGUUGCAACUUCUAAACAAUUGAUGAUGAAGAUUUUGGAUAGCAAGAGCAUGCCAAGAAUACCUGAGGAGUUGUCCAUACAAGGUAAGGACUUCAUCAAAAAAUGCUUUGUUUGGAAUUUUAAACAACGGUGGACGGCUGAUAUGUUACUCCAACAUCCCUAUCUCAACGAGAAACAUGAAGCUACGACGAUGAAAGAUGAUGAUGGGAUGCCUAAACUUGCCAAAUCGCUUUUGUUGUCUCAUCAACCAUUGAAGAUCAGCCAGACUCGAUCAAGUAGUGAUCAUGAUAGAAAAUCCAAUCUUCGAGAAAAGAAUUAUUUGUCUCCUAUAUUAAGAAGGAUUAAAUCCCGUAAGUAA